GAAAUAUAUUUGCGUUUGCGCAGUAGAAGUAGCAACAGCAGCAGCAGCAGCUGGGCUGCCGCCAUAAACAUCACUUGAACCCUCGGCAGGGAACCUCUGUUUCAUUCCAUGUUCUACAUUCUGACAAUGAAUAUGAAGUAAACUGCUGUGUUCUUAUGCUCAGUAAAGCAGCACCAUCUCAGUAUGGACUUUCAUGUGAUUAAAACCAAACAGUUUCCACUUUCUGAUGGAAUUCUUGGUACAAAGAAGCAGUCUGAUGAAACUUCAAAAGAACAGAAAAUAGGUAUUGCUUCUCUCCCAGAAGAGAACAUUAAUAGCAAGAAGAAAAGGAAAGUUGAUGUUCUGGAUUGUACUUCAUGUGAACAUGUGAAUAAAGAAGGUAAUGAGGAACCACACAACUCCUACUUGUAUAAGAAUCUGGACUUGGCAUUUCCUAGUGUUAAAAGGAGAAGUUUGCAGUGGAGAAAAAUCAUAAGGAAUAAUCUUGAUUUGGACUAUACACUACUCUUUCCAUGUGAUGUUGCUGAUUCUCUGCUGCAGGUGCUUGAAAAUGAAUUGGAUUACUUCACUGGAGACCUUGCCAAAAUUCACAUCUUUGGCAAGUGGCUUGAUGUACCCAGGAAACAGGUGACUUAUGGUGACCCUGGCCUUACCUACAAGUACAGUGGCAUUGUAAGACCUGCUCAGCCUUGGCCACAGCCGCUUGAGGCAGUACGCGACUUACUUGGCAAUGUCACAGGCUACAACUUCAACUUUGUGUUAGUGAACAGGUACAAGGAUGGCAGUGAUAAGAUGGGUGAACAUAAAGAUGAUGAAAGGGAUCUUGAUUCUCAAGCUCCCAUUGCCUCUGUAAGUCUUGGCCAGGCCAGGGACUUUUAUUUCCGCCAUCAAGAUACCAAACCUCCCAAGAAAUUGAACAUUGAGAAAGUGCUACUUCAACUUCAACAUGGAAGUUUGUUAUUGAUGAAUCCUCCAACAAACCAAUUCUGGUAUCAUGCAUUACCUCCACGGAAGUCUGCACCAGGGGUCAGAAUUAACCUCACUUUUAGGAAGAUUAU